GAGUUUCUUUACUGUGAAGCAUACCCAAAAAAAGCUGAAAAAGAAAAGGAAAGCUGAGAAUAUAUACUAUUCUAAUAUUUAUUCUUUACUUCAGUAUUAAGAGCUUUGAAAAUCCAAAUUAAUUCUGUCUGAUAUUAUUGCUGUAAUAAUACCGCGAAACAACGAUGAGACUGCCAUUAGUAAUAGUUAUUAUCCUCCUUCACAGCCAUCUUCUUCAGGCGAAAUUAUCCUCUCGCUUUCUCCUUCCUUCAGAAGAAAAAUUGUCAAUCCGUGUGGACGAAGUUGUGACGGUCAAUAAACGUGGAGGUGGUGCAGCUGGUGGGCACGGUGGCCAUCACAGUGGCGGCUCAGGAGGAAGAGUAUCGCCCGGCGGUGGUUCAAGAAAGUCACCUUAUACUGCUACAGCAGGUGUGAUCCCAGUGUACGCAGCUGGAGCUAUGAACCAUCACAAUAUCAACAGAAGUCACAAUCAUAAUGCUGGCACUACCCUCAACUGCAUUUGUUUUUCUUCCUUGCUUUUUAUCGUCUGCAGUAUGCUUAUGAUGCUGUAAUUAUACGCGUAGUAUCUUUAAACCGGUUGUAAAUUGUAAUUAAAACAUGUUAAUAUGAGAGAUGAAGCUAAAAAGGACAUGUAUUACUAC